UACGUGCACAGACCUCUUCAAUCAAAUCGGCUUGGAGUUGGGUAUAUACUGUGCUCCUGCGCAUAUCAGUGAAACGUUGAAGCAGAUAUUCAUUACUACGUGGUACACCCAUCUGUAUCGGCGCGAAGGCUUCCCGCUGCACCUUUUGAAUAAGAAAAUCUCACGCGUCAUUCCACAAAUCAUCUAUUUUUAAUAGCAAUGAAAUCUACAAAUUUUAGAGAGACAAAAUAGGAAUAAAGAGUUGGAAUGAUGUGAAAAUAAUGAGGGGAAUGAGGUGUAUUUAUAGGCAAUUAAAAUAAAAUAAAAAAAUGAAAAAAAGAAUUGUCCACCGCCGCGGCGCAAUCGCCGCAUAAUAGACCGUCGUGCUUGUCGCCGCGCCGCUCCCCACCCCGCCGCGUCCUCGCCGAAUACUCGGCGAUGGCCUUUCCGCUGCCUCUCACCCGGCUAAGUCGGGGCGGACGUUUCCUACACAAUAGGCAGGUGCGGCUGCGGCGAUUUCGGAGUGGCCGGCGCGCUGCCCCUAUUGUGGAUACCCUUAUACCUACACAUAACUCAUAACACACACAGAUAUUCAUCCUUCUCUCUCUUGCCCAAAACCUUAAUCCCUCUUUUGGUGUUAAAGAACUUUCUUCUCUCACAACCACGAUGACUUCAUAUUGCUUUUCUAAGUUCAUCAUAUGUAGAAUUGUUUAAAAGCUAGUCAGAUUUUUUCCAUUUCUCUUUUCCGCUGUAGCGUGUCGCUCAGGCAAUUCAUCAUACACCUUCUCCACAAUUGCAACCUUUAUAAGGAUGAAGUGAAGAUGCAAUUUCUGGGGGUAGAAUUGUAAUUUCCUUAUUUACUCUUUCUCUCCUUUUCCAGCCGUCGUCUUAUUAUAGCCAUAGUAGCAAUAGGUAUAUUUUUCUAGAUUUUUUUAGGGGGAAAAGUUUGGAAAGUUUUCUCAAUUUCCGGUGGCAGAAAAUCCCCAUGACUCGAGAGUGAGAUUUUCAUACCAAAAAUGGGAUCUUUCAGCGGAUUAGGGAUCGGUUUGAGCUUUGUGUUUGGCUGCAUUUUAAUGGGCCUUGUAGCAGAGCUUUACUACCUCCUUUGGUGGAAGAAGAAACUCACCACCACCACCACCACCGCCACCACCAAAGAAAUGCAAGAAUUCAGCCUCCUCUUCUGCUGGAGAAAGCCCAAAUCAUUCGGCAACAGCAACAGCAGCAGCCAAGAACUCACAAAUCCAGCAAAUAACCACCAAGAAACCCAAGAUUUGGAAAUUGGGGGAAACAAAGAGCUUGCCCUCAAAUGCGAGGAAGGAAUUGAAGCAGAAUUGAUGAGGGUGCACAAUCUCUGCGGCCCACCGAGAUUCCUCUUCACAAUCAAAGAGGAAAGCAAAGAAGAUUUAGAAUUAUCAGAAGAUGGGCGAUCAAGAAAGGGGUCGAGAACAAGAAGCUUGAGCGAUCUCUUUGUUGAUGCCGCCCCUUUGGAAUGCUACAGCCACCACGGGAUCAUCAACCCGCUGUUCGAGUCGCUGCCGGAGGCGGAGCUCCGGCGCCUGCGGUCUUCGCCGCCGCCAAAGUUCAAAUUUUUAAGGGACGCGGAGGAUAAGCUGCUGCGGAGGCUGGCGCAGGAGGAGGCGGAGAGGAGAAUCAUCGACCAGAAUCUUCAGCAAGAUUCCAUUUUGGAAGAUGGGUCCUUUCUCAAAUUUCUUAAUGUGAGAGACAAGAUUCACAAUCAGGCAAAGCAGGUAUUGCCAUUGCCUUCUUCUCCAACAAAUUAGUGUAAAAAUUUGGAAUGUUUUGAGUUGGUUGAAAUUCAUUAGUAGUUUGCUACUGUGUGUUUGAUGAUACUACACCACACUACACAGUUUUUAAUUGUUUUUAUUUUGUGGAUGUUUUUUUUUCUUGAAUUAGUGGCAUUCUACUGAUAUAGAGCAGAAAUUCUUCUGAAAAA